UAUCCAUGUACAUGGACGGGUUCGCGGGGUGGAGCGACCCGAACCAACCGUGCGUGGCGUUUCUACACCGCGACGCGGCGCUGACGACGCCCUGGCUGAUGGUCUGCGCCCUCGCGUGCACCGUGGCCAUGGGAACGAGCGUGGAGUACCUGGCGAGCGUUCGGCGGUGGAGGGUGGCGACGCAGGACGCCGCGAUCGCGGGAUACGUGGAGUGCGGCGGCUCCGCCGUCACUGCGGCCAGGGUUAUCCGCGCGCAGAUUUUGUUCCUGUACCUGGUGCAGGUGGCGGCCGGGUACCUGCUGAUGCUCAUCUCCAUGACGUACCACGCGGUGCUGUUCGCGGGGGUGGUGGGCGGGUUAGUCAUGGGGCACGCGAUGUUCAACGUGUCCGCUCCGGUUGUCGCCGGGGGAGCGUCCGCGUGCUGUCAGCACGUCGCCACGCCGUCGCUGGCGUGCACGGGGGGCGCGGCGAAGGACGGGGACGGCGACGCGUCGAUAUCCUCGAUAGACUCGGGCGACGCCGUCGAGGUGGACGUGAUGAACGGGCACGUGCACGGGGACAAGGCGGCGGCGAGGGUGUGACGAGACUCGGAGGGCAAACCAACGCGAGGGCGAACAAAGGCGAUUUAACUAACGCGAGGUUUAACGCC